UGCCUGAUUAAUUUCUCUUUCACUUCCUCCUUUUUUGCACCACACAUUCAAACAUCUUGUGAUUUUCUCUUUCUAGAUCUACAAAUCUAUUCAAUUUUAAUCUCAGAUCAGACGUUCACAUCUCUCAGCAAAGUGGUGAAAAUGUUAAGCCGGAUUUUCGAGCCAAUUUUGACAAAGGUAUGUGAGUCAAUUUUGUCAAAGUUGGUUGAACAAACGGCGGAUAAUGCACACAACAAUCUCAAAAGUAUAAAGGACUUUGAGCUCAAUCUAAAAGCUCUGCAGAAAAAGUUGAAGUCAUUGUGUGCUAAGGCAUCUGAUGUUGAGGAGGAAAUCAAGAACUCAGAGCUUUCUGGUCGAAAGAAAAGGAAGCGCGAAGUUGAGGAGUGGUUGAAAGAAGUGAGAUUCAUUGAAAAUAAAGUUGUUGAGUUGGGGACUCAAGUAGAAUCUGAAGGAUUUAUUGUGAGAUUGAUGGAUGGAGGGUUGCCGGCUAAACUAAAUGAUGAGGUUGACUUGCUUGUUGAGCAAAGUCGGAAUUUUGGUGAACUUGUCCUUGAUGUUUGUGGAAGUAGGGGAGAUAAGUUGUUGACUAAUGGGAUGGUUGGUGAAGCUUUUCAUGAAAAUUUGGAAACGAUUUUGAAACAUUUGGAGAGUGGGCAAGUGUUGAGCAUUGGUGUUUAUGGUAUGGGUGGUGUGGGCAAAACGACACUGGCAAAGCACAUUCACAAUCGACUCCUCCAACACUCUCAGGGACGUGUGAUUUGGGUUACAGUCUCUGAAGAAUUUAGUGUUACGACUUUACAAGAUAAAAUUGCUCAUUUUAUAGGUUUGGACUUUGGGGGUGAGGAUAAUGAAGACAUAAGGGCAGCGAGACUCCAUACAACUUUGUCUCAGAUGAAGAAUUCAGUGCUGAUAUUAGAUGAUGUGUGGGAAAAUAUUGAUCUAUCAAAGGUUGGAUGUCCCAUUUCUGUCGAGUGUUGUAGGCUAAUUAUAACUACUCGCUCCUUAGAAGUGUGUCGUCAAAUUUGUUGCCAAAAAGUGUUUCAAGUGAAAACUCUACAUCAUCGUGAGGCAUGGGAAUUGUUCAAUGAAACGCUAAGAAAUGAGAUAGAACUUGAUUCUUCGGCAGAAGAGAUUGCCAGAUCUGUGGCAAAAUUGUGUGGUGGUCUGCCCCUAGCAAUUGCUACAGUGGCUGGAGGCAUGAGGGGCGAGAGAGCCAUUCAUACAUGGAGAAAUGCUUAUGCAGAACUUAAAGAACGUGUUUCACGGAAUGAUGGCAUGGGAUACGGUGAUGUUUAUAAAGUAUUGAAAUAUAGUUUUGAUCGGUUGAAUAGGAAUCAUCAUAGUCAGAGUAAUGAGUUCAAUGCAUUACAACAUUGUUUCCUGCAUUGCGCGUUAUAUCCUGAAGAUGAAGAAAUAAUUAGAGAGAGUUUGGUUAGAGAGUUCAUUUCAGGAGGGUUGGUGGAUGAAAGAAAGACAAGGAGAGCGCAAAUUGAGCAAGGACAUUCCAUAUUGGAUAGAUUAGUGAAUGUGUGCUUGUUGGAAAGUUGUCAUACUGAACGGGUGAAGAUGCAUGAUCUGUUAAGAAGUAUGGCAUUGAAGAUAUGUGAGGGGAAAUAUAUGGUAAGAGCAGGUGAUAAGUCUUUGAAAGAAAUUCCCAAAGAAGAAGAAUGGGCAAAGGAUCUGGAGAAGGUGUCCUUUGUGAAAAAUGGCAUAAUGAGAAUUGGAGAUGGAAUGUCUCCCGAUUGUCCUAAGCUCUCAACAUUGCUUUUAUUGGGUAAUCAUUGGUUGCAGUUCAUCCCAGAUUCAUUCUUUUCUAAAAUGCAAGGACUAUGCACUCUUGAUUUGAGCAUGACUAAGAUAUCAAUGCUGCCAAACUCAAUCUGUGCCUUGAAGAGCCUCAAGGCAUUACUCCUUGAGUGGUGUAAUAAUCUAAAAAAUGUGCCAAACUUGGGAGAGAUGAAAGAACUCAGGGAGUUAAACCUCUCGAAUACAGCCAUCACGGAAGUCCCUCAAGGAGUUGGGGAAUUAUUCAAUCUCAAAUUCCUUGCAUUGAAUGUGCGUACAUUGGAGAUGCUUCCAAGAGGAUUGUUUCUUAAACUUGGGAAACUUCAGCACUUAGAAUUACCACUCCGUAUACAAGUAGUGAUUGAAGAAAUUGAGAAUCUGAAACUGCUAGAGGAGUUUAGUGGAAGAGUGGAAAAUGUGAAUGAUUUGAAGUAUUUGAUUACAAGUUGGGGAAGUCGGGUACGUGACAAUUGCUACAGAAUAUUAGUGGGAUCCUAUCAUACAAGAGGAGGAAUAUUUCAUAAUAAAGAGUUGGUCUUGUACAAAUGCAACCUUGAAGACGAGAGAGUAUUAGCAGAGGGAAUUGUGCAGCAAUGUGAGGGUGUGGGCAUAUGCUUUGUGGAAGGAUUGAAGAGAUUGAGAAUUGAAAGUUGUGGAGGAAUAGAGUACAUUUUGAGGAGUGAGGCAGGAUUAUCAUCUCAAAUGUCUGCUGUUGAAGAAAUUGAAUUGUAUGAGUUGGAUGGUAUGAAGGGGUUGAUCGAAAAGGGGGAAAUAGGAGCAUCAGCUGCACUUGCACAACCUGUGUUUUCCAAUCUGACUAAGCUAAGAAUUGAAAAGUGUAACAGGAUGAGGAUACCAUUACCAGGAGCUCCCAACCUCGAAGUUAUUGAUAUCAGGAAGUGUCGGGAAAUAGAAGAGAUAUUCGAAGAUGAAGGAACAGGUUCCGUCACCCUCCCUAAAUUAAAAACCUUACGGUUAAAAGAGCUGCCAAGACUGAGGAAGGUGGGGAUACUAUCAAGUCCUCCCAACCUCGAAGUUAUUGAUAUAAGCGAGUGUGAAGAAAUAGAAGAGAUAUUCGAAGACGAAGGAACAAGUUCCCUCACCACCCUCCCUAAAUUAAAAACUUUGAGGUUAUAUGGGCUGCCAAGACUGAGGAAGGUGGGGAUACUAUCAGGAGUUCCCAACCUUGAAGAUAUUGAUAUAAGCAAGUGUGAAGAAAUAGAAGAGAUAUUCGAAGAUGAAGAAAGAGAUUGCCUCGCCCUCCCCAAAUUAGAACUAGUACGGUUACAUGAUCUUCCAAGACUGAGGAAGGUGGGGAUAUCACUAUCACGAGUUCCCAACCUUAUAAUUAUUUCUGUGACUAAGUGUGGAGAAAUAGAAGAUGUGUUCGAUGAUGAAGGAACAAGUUCCCUCACCCUGCCCAAAUUAAUAAAGUUGAAGUUGAAAGAGCUGCCAACACUGAAGAGCCUAUGCAAGGGAACAACCAUCAUUUGCAACUCCAUUGACUCUAUCUAUAUAAGAGAGUGCCCAAGAUUGAUGAACAAACUUCCUGUGGUUGUGGACUCGGCUAUGCCUCGACGAUGUAAGGUAAAGGUGAACACAGAACUGUGGGAAUCAUUGAUGUCGGACAAUCCCAACCUCUCUAUUUUCCAAUGUUGGUAAAUAUUUUAUCUUUAAUUAUUGAUGCAUUGAAUGUUUCUGGAUUCAUGCUUUAUAAUAACACGACACGUAUCCUUUGCUUA